AUGAAGUCAAACAUCAUCCUCGUCCUCCCAGCCUUGGUGUCGUACGCUUCGGCCUACACCCUCUGGUUCUACAGCGACAACAACUGCACCAACGACUUCACGGACCACAGCGCACCUGACCCCGGCGAGGGCGUUUACGGCGACUGCGCCGACAUUGGCAUUCGUGCCAAGAGCGUCGCCUUCCGUGCCGACGGCGACGGUACCUUGCUGUAUCUCUCGCUGGGAAACGACGAGGCCGUGGGAGCACAAUGUGUAAAUGGCCAGCAGUGGCUUGAGCCUUCUGAGUAUCUCGACGAUGCCCAGUUGCAGGUCGGCUGCUACGAUACGAGCGACUCCCAGGCGAACCUGGCGAAUACGGGGUUUGUUCAGUAUCAGGUGGGCAAUGAAAGAUAA